AUGCAGGCUUUUAGCAAUAGUGGGGUCCAAGCCGCCGAUGAACAACGCCCCAAUGUGUUGUUCAUCAUUUCAGACGACUUGAACAACUCCAUCGGCAGCUACGGGCAUCCUCAAGUCAAAACACCGAAUAUCGACCGCCUGGCGGAACGUGGCGUGAGGUUUGAACGGGCGUAUUGUCAGUACCCAUUGUGCGGCCCGAGCCGGAACUCGAUGCUCACUGGCUUGUACCCCAACAGCACGGGCAUUCUUUCGAACUCGCAAAUCUUUCGGCAAAGUAUUCCCAAUCACGUCAGUCUCCCCCAGGCAUUUCGACUCGAUGGGUACUUCGCCGCCAGAAUCGGCAAGCUGUAUCACUAUGCUGUACCAAAGUCGGUCGGAACCAAUGGGCACGACGAUCCCGGCUCGUGGGAAUUGGAGAUGAACCCCGCCGGCUGCGAUCGCCUGCUGGAAGAACCCGACAUCUUCACACUACGGCCCGGCAACUUCGGUGGCACACUCAGUUGGUACGCAUCGCCCCGUGGUGACGAACUUCACACCGACGGCCUCAUGGCCAACGACGCCAUCUGGGUCCUGGAACGAUGCGCCAGCGAAAAGCAGCGCCCGUUCUUCCUCGCACUCGGGUUUUAUCGCCCCCACACGCCAUACGUCGCACCGGCACCGUACUUCGAUAACUACCCAAAGGAAGAUAUGCCGCUGAUUGAAGGCGUGGAGGAGGACGUCAAAGACUUGCCACCAUUGGCCCUGGCCAGCCACAAGCCUGAGCACGACUUGCUGAACGACGACUUGCGGCAACAGGCCAUCCAAGCUUACUUCUCGAGCAUCACCUUCAUGGAUGCCCAAGUAGGACGCGUCCUGGAUGCUUUGGAUAAGAACGGGCUGGCCGACAACACGAUCAUUGUCUUCACCAGCGAUCACGGCUAUCACCUGGGUGAACACGGGCUGUGGCAGAAGAUGAGUCUCUUCGAAGAGAGCGCCCGCGUGCCACUAAUCAUCGCCGCGCCCGGCAUGGGCAAACAGGGAGCGGUCGCCAAAACACCGGUCGGCCUGAUCGACCUCUAUCCCACACUGGCUGAACUCUGCGGCGUCGAUGCCCCAGAGAAUCUCCAAGGCCAAAGCCUGGCCCCCAUCUUAAGAGAUCCGAAUGAGGAAGGCCGCGGCUUCACCAUUAGCCAGGUCUCACGCCGCGGGAAACCCCAGGUGUUUGGCUACACCAUCCGCACCCCACGGUGGCGCUACACCGAAUGGGAUCAGGCCGAGCAAGGCCGUGAACUCUACGACCACGAGAACGAUCCACUGGAACUGACGAAUCUGGCCGAAGAGUCGCAGCACGCCGAGUUGAUUGCCGACUUGUCCGGGAAACUCCAAGAAGCGGUGGCCGAAUCCUUCCCAGCUUCCGGGAAGACCCCCGAAGUUCGCGGAGGUUUGUGGCUGCCGAAUCUGACUGAUCCGUAA